AACAGCAAAUUUCUCCGGGGUGACUGGUUGAUUCGAAUGCAGCCGUGCCGAGUCCGCCGCCUCCGCCUCCGCCGCCGCCGCCGCCGUGAACGAGAGUGAUGCGCCUCGCGUCCUAUGCCUUUCUACGCCGCGCCGCCGCCAUGUCCUCCCCCUCCUCCUACAGCCGCACAGGCUACCCCCGCCCUCGCCGCGGCUACUCGGGAAGGCCCUCGCCGCCGCCGCCGCCGCCGCCCCCGGACGCGGCCUCCGAGAUCGUCAGCAGGGAUUACCAUCUCAGUGCCGUGCACGCCGCCAACGAAUCCCUGCGUCGUGGCGGCGGCGGCGACAUCCGCUGGCCUCCACCGCCAUACAGGCAGGGGCCUCACCCUCACCAACCGCACUAUGGCUAUGGCUAUGGCUACGGAUACGGAUACGGCCAAACGUGGCAGCCGGGUCCAUCCUAUGGGUUUGUGCCGUACAACUACGGCCACCCGCAGCAGCAGCCGCCGGGGCCUCAGUACGGCUACGGGGCUCCGAACCCGUACGUUCACGGGCACCUGCAGCCGCAGCCGCAUGUGCGUGGGGCAGCGAGUCCAGGGUUCCGUCCUGGCGCGCCCCAGCUGACUCCGAGGCUGGCAGAUUACCUCCGACGGUGGCGCUUUGCAAAGCAGAGGCCGCCACAUCAAGCUGGGAGGUUUAUUAUUCUAUCAUACAAUAUACUUGCGGACUAUCUGGCCCAGGAGCACCGCUUUCUUUAUGAAAAAAUAUCACCUUUUAUUUUGGAUUGGAACUGGCGCAAGGAUAAGUUACUGUUUGAGUUCGGUCUGUGGUCUCCAGACAUUCUAUGUCUUCAGGAGGUUGACAAAUUUACAGACCUUGAACAAGAAAUGGCAAGCCAAGGAUAUAACGGUACAUGGAAGAUACGGACUGGAGAUGCAGCUGAUGGAUGUGCUAUUUUUUGGAGAACAACAAGGUUCCAGUUGCGUUAUGAAGAAGACAUUGAGUUCACCAAGCUUGGACUUCGUGAUAAUGUUGCCCAGCUCUGUGUUUUAGAGUCGGUGGGCCUUCAGUAUGUGCAAACUGACUCUGUUAGUUUAUCUACAAGUUCUAACCAUCCACAACAAGCUAAACAAGUUAUAAUAUGUAACAUUCACGUUCUUUAUAAUCCAAAGAGAGGGGACAUCAAACUUGGUCAGGUCAGGACACUUCUGGAUAAAGCUAACGCUCUAUCUAAGAUGUGGAAUGAUGCUCCAGUGAUAGUUUGUGGAGAUUUUAACUCUACACCCAAGAGUCCAUUGUAUAAUUUUAUGUUGGGGCAAAAGUUGAAUUUGUCUGGCCUUGCGAGAAAUACUAUAUCUGGACAGCAAAUUGGUGGUAGUUCACAGGGGCUAUAUACUGGCCCUAAUAUAUCUGGGUGGACACCAGAAGAAAUCAAAGCUGCCACUGGGAAGGAUGAAUGCACUUUCAUGAAACACAGUUUGAAAUUAAGGAGUGUAUAUACUGACGUCGAGACGCCAGCAAGGAACCACUGGUGACAAGCUACAACAGAAAAUUCAUGGGAACAGUAGACUACAUAUGGGCCUCGGAGGGUCUGCAUACUGUUAAAGUCUUGGACACAUUUCCCAUAGAGAUUUUGAAAAAAACAACUGGGUUCCCGACCAAGAAAUGGGGAAGCGAUCACAUUGCCCUUGCCUGUGAAUUGGCUUUUACAAAAUGACGCCUUUUAUCAGGCGGAGAGGGCGCCUGCAUAGUUGCUAGUGACCAAACACACCUCAAGAGAAAGAAUACUGUCUACAGGACGAUUAACUGAACCAAACCUCGCUCUUUUAGAGCUCGUUAAUUUAUUUCAUUUUUUUUUCGACACACCUUUUUGAAUUGUGCGUGAGUAUGGAGAACCGGAGUACAUCAUUUGGGUCCAAUUUUAGAGCAUUGUUCCUGUUUGAUUGGCUAUGGAGAGUGUAUUUUGGUGUGCUGCCACUCUA